CCGAUCAUUCGGAGAGUCAGUCUCAGUUUGUAAUGGUUAGCAGUGUAGGCAAGGCAAUCGGAUUUCCCUGUGGUUCUUGGUCAUCAUGAUUCGCCUGUAUCGAUAUCUUUUUGUGUUUUGUGUCACCUUGUUAUCUGGUGUUGUUUGUGAAAACACCCAAAAUUUCGGUGUGAGGAAUGUAACUGCCAAUAAUCCAUCCAGGUAUCAUGCAUUGAGCUUGUUUAAUAACGACCAUUCCAGUAGGAAACGCAUCUCUGUCAGAAAAUGUCAGACGAACAAUUUCAUCUUUCCGGUAAAAAUAUUUUCUACCGAACAACCGUUCUUCUGUCCGGCGGUGUUCAUAAGCACAGAUUCGCUUCUCACUACGGGUCUGUGUUUGAAAAUGCUACAGUACAAAGAAGAACAUCCUUCUAGCCAUAUGUUUGUUAUCAUUGAUCGGGAAAAUGUCUUCUUCUACGAGCACAGUCGACGUUAUGUGAGCAAAGUUUUCUACCAUAUGAAAUUUGACGAUGAACCUGCUUAUUAUAACGUAGCCAUCGUGAAGCUCCGAAAUCCGGUAUACGACCGCGAUCCAUCCGGAAGAAGCCACGUGUCAUGUUUGUGGUCGGAAAAUCAUUUGAAAAAUUCGAACGCAGUGCUUAGCGAAUGGUUCGAACUCGAACCGGAACAGAAUCCAUCGUUCCGUUGGUUAGAUCUACCGAUUAUUUCCCAGGAAGAGUGUCGUAACGAACUGGACAAAAUGGAGCAUUCUCUGCCGGAGCUAAAUCGAGGUCUGCAAAACUUUCAAACGUGUGUACGUGACAGCGGAAAUAGUACCGUCAUACGAUUUUGCGAUACCAGAUCAUCCGGUCCGCUGCAGAUGUCAUUGGGUAAUACAGUUUAUGUAAUCGGUCUUCCUACGGUUCACAUCGAUGAUUGUGCCGUCAAUGUGGAAGUUUUCAACAAGAUAACGCAUUACCUUGACUGGAUCGAAUCGGUUGUGUGGCCUGGUCAGGAAUAAGCAGCAACAUGAAUGAGGAAUGAAUGAUGUUUCUCCGUUUAACGAGCGGCAUAAAAUAGCAAAGGAAUUUGAUUUCAGUUUUUUUAGCUGUUCACUGAAUGGUCGCAAGCGAAUCACCCUAAUCAUCAUAAAAUAUUCGUAAAAUCAGAUCAAUUUACGUCAAGCAUGUCAGUUUUCAAUGAUAAAUAGCGACCAAAAUGGAGGAGCCGAAGAAAAUUGACUCAUUUUUUCCAAAAAUAAAGGUGUUUUUGCUUUAA